UAUGAGUUGGGAGAGAUUCCAUGGAGGAGACACAGCUCUAACUUCUAUGUAAUAAUGUCUGAAUUCAAAUCUCGAUUAGUUGCCCUCAUUGAUAUGUGAUUCCUUAUGUCGCCUAACACCUAUAAUAUAUAUUGAGAAGAUGCCAUUGCAAAAUAACAGACUCAAUUCAACAUUCAUUUCAAGGCUUGUCUUUCUCUUCCUUAAGAAAAAGGAAAUGGCAGUUUCUUCUCCUUUGAACACAAAAUCCAAUCUCCAUGGUCGCUCAAUCAGCUUGCCUUCUAGACCACACCCACUCUUUCUUGAAUGCAACCAACAUUUGGAGACAUUAUUAAAGUCUUCAACUGAAAUUUCCUCAUCAUCAUUGCUUUGUCAUAAGAAUGAUGGCUUGAGAGAUUUGAUCGAGUGUGUUGAAAAUUUGAUUCAGCUUCCACUUACUCAAGAAGCACUUAUCCAUGAUCAGAAUCAAGAAAAUUGGGUAAAUAACCUCUUGGGUGGAUCCUUAAGGCUCUUAGAUGUUUGUAGUGCAGCGAAAGAUGCUGUAAUUCAUACAAAAGAAUGCACAAGAGAACUUCAAUCUAUCAUAAGAAGAAGAGGAUGUGGAACGGAGGUCACUGUAGAGGCUAAGAAAUUCUUAACAUCUAGAAAGGUUGUGAAAAAAGCCAUCUCCAAAGCCUUGACAAAUAGGAAGGUUAAUACCAAAAGUUGCAACAUGUUAUCUACAGACAAAGAUCAUCAAACAGUAGCUUUGAUUAGAUUAUUACAAGAUGUUGAAGUGGCUACACUUUCUACAUUUGAAACAAUACUGCAAUUUAUCUCAGGCACCACACAAUCAAAGUCAAACAGCUGGGGUUCCAUUUCCAAACUAAUUCAGCCAAAAAGAGUUGGUUGUUCACAAUUGACAGAUGAAAGUGAAUUUGCUCAAGUGGAUGUAGCAUUGCAGUCUUUCUUAUUUAGCAAGACUAGAAAAGUUGAAGGCAUCAAUGAUCUGCAAAACCACUUGGAGAAAACGGAGUCAUGCAUUCAAGACAUUGAAGAAGGACUUGAGUUUCUGUUUAGGCGUCUAAUCAAAAUCAGAGUCUCACUUCUUAAUAUCCUCAACAAUUAGUACAACUUUUAUGUGGAUCAAAAUUUUGUAGUGAUAUAGAUACACUUGUACAUGGAAAUUAUAUGUGUAAUUGUAUAGCAAUAAUAAAGUGAUACUUUU